ACGAUUUAAAUAGUAUCCCCUCUUUUAUCAACACCAAUAUGGCCGCGCAGUGACUUCAGACGAACGCUAGAAAAUAAUUUUACAAAACUUGGAAUUCAAUAACAAUUCAAUUUAGCUAUAGUACCAUUAAAGUGCAAAAAAUGACCUCGUGUACCGUAGGAGUACCUGUCGAAGAUCCAGACGGUGACCAAAGGUGGCUAAGCAUUCAUAAUAGAUUCCUGUCCGAGACUAGAGAAAAAGACGCCGAUGUGAUAUUUAUUGGGGAUUCUAUCCUGCAAGCGCUACAACACACCGAUAUCUGGAACGAACUGUUCGCACCAUUGCACUGCCUUAACUUCGGCAUUCACCGUGAUUUGAUUGAGAAUGUUCUGUGGCGGGUGCAAAACGGCGAGUUGGACAACGUGAAACCCAGGGUUGUCGUAUUACAUGUGGGCACCAACAAUCACCGCAACACCGCGGGCGAAAUCUUCGACGGCAUCGUCGAAGUUGUCAACUGCAUCAGGGAAAAAUUACCAGAAGCAUAUAUUGUUAUACCUACAUUGCUACCCAGGGGUCAGCAUCCAAACUCAAUUAGAGACAAACUAAGUGAGGUGAAUGAGAUGCUCAAAAACAAGUUCCCAACAAUAGCCAAAGUAGAGGUGAUAUCCAUUGAUAAAGGUUUCAUCCAACCUGAUGGCUGCAUCAGCCAUCAUGAUAUGCAUGACUAUCUCCUGCUGACAAACGCCGGCAGUAGAAAAGCAUUCGAACCACUGCAUGAAUUACUCAUGCAAUUGCUAAAUGAGGGCGAAACAGAGAAAGAUCUCACGCCGUCGGAAUGAGCAAUGCAUAUCGGAUCAACUCUCCACCGGUUAGCUUGCGAAUUGUAGCCAAAAAUGAUUUCCGAAGUAGAGUGCUGCGUCUGUGGUCAAUUAUCCGAUUGUCUUUGACAGGUACAAGUGCACUUUGAGACAAAUGGAAAGCAGCUUUAAACCACACACCACACGCGCGCGCACAUCGUGCAUAAUGUGAGACAUUCCAACUGUGUUUGAUUUUUGUUUUUCUCUUAUGAAUAUGAUGAAAUGGUCUGCUCAUAUAUAUAUAUUUAUGUCUGUUUUCACAUCACCAUUAUUAUUUAUUGUAUGUAAUUUUAAAAAUUACUAUUGUAUAACAUGCAAGAGGAUGCUUUCAAUAUAUUUCUACACUGAUA